AUGGCACCUUCCAUUGUACAUCUGCCCAAUGGCCACAAUCUGUCCGUCACGCCCGUUUUUGGUGGUCUUUACUUCAAGUCUGUCGAUGCUCACAACCAUCACAACAUCUUCCCUCCUGGCUGGACUAUUACCAUUGAGAGCGAGGACAAAGACAGUCCUGUCACUCCUAGCGCCGAUGACACUCCAAGAUAUCGCGUCCAUAGCUACAAACGACCCUCUCUGCAAGGCGAUCAUCUAUUCAUCUCCAGCAUCUCCAACCCGCCUAAUGAGCACACUCCCUCACACUUUCCGGCGUCCUCCCCUACCCGCCAAAUUGCCAUGAUGCUAUGGGCCACUUUGUACUGGUACUUCCAUCAGUCCGAACCCGAUCCAAAGAUGACCAACCCUACAUCUCAGGGUACGGUCGAAGCAGGAAGGCCCAAGGGCGAAUGGCGCAUCAACAUCAACCGUGAAGGCGUCUUUAGAGGCAAGCAACUGAUGCAGAAGUUGGAGCGCAUGGGCUUGAUCGCAACCGAAGACUCUGCCGUCGGAACUUCCUUGGACCCAAAUACGCCAGAGGGCUGGUCUGCUAUGUUUGUGUCUCGCCGUCAUUUCUGGCAGCUUGAUCCUCGCAUCUACCUCUUCACCAGCAAUCCACAGGUCAACUCUGCCUUGGUUUCACACACCCACGUCGACUCGAGACCAGAUUCGCCCGCACUUGGUGUUUCCAGCAGCAGACCCGACUCAAUCGUCGAUAAUGCAGGCCCAGUGAUCCCUACUGGCGGAAACCAUGGCUUGUGGACGCCUCCUGGUCAAUUCAAGUCAUCCUCACAUAUGCCCACAUUCUACCCGCCUGCUCCGGCCCAGUACGUUUUCACUGACAACGUCCGUCAUCCCAUUCGUCCCAAGCCACCUCGACAAGGCGAGACCUUUUAUACAAGAUAUAUUCCUAGCCUUGGCGAAUAUCUCUCGUUCCGUGUCGCGUCCUUGUCUAAGCGUCCAGUGCAACACAUUGGUCCAGUGUCUGAUCCAGCUCCAGGAGCUUCUCCCCUUCGCGCCUCCGUAAGUGCUAGCGACUCGCAUGUUCCAACCAUUGGCACUAUGGACCACGAGAUGAGCGAUGCCGAACUCCUUCAUAAAUGGAUGAACGACGAGCGUGUUGCUUACUCAUGGGGCGAGCAAGGCCCUCUGUCUCACCAAGAAGAAUUCUUGAAAGCUGGACUGACCAACAAGCACUCCAUACCAGUCAUUGGGUGCUUUGACGGAAAGCCUUUUGGGUAUUUCGAAAUCUACUGGGUCAAAGAAGACAGACUGGGCUCUUACCUGGGUUACCAGGUGUCGGACUAUGAUCGCGGAGUGCACCUCUUGGUCGGCGAGCAGAGGUUCAGAGGCCCGCACCGUGUUAAAAUUUGGUUGAGCGCGCUGGUGCAUUAUUGCUUCCUCGCUGAUGCCAGAAGUGAGACGGUCAUGUUGGAGCCGAGAGUCGACAACGCGAAGUAA